AUGAGCAGUAACUUCAGCGAGGCUAAUUAUGGCUUGGUUACACACGGACUCUUGUCAGUUUCCCGUCUCCGAGACCUUGCCCUCGAAGUCUCCAUCGGCUAUGGUAUUAAUGCAAACCUGCGCCUGCCUGCAUGCUCUAGAAACGGCAACUUCAAUCGAGGUUCUCGCGGACGAUUUGUAGCCGCGGUAGAGAGCGAAGAAAAGCAACAGAGCUCUCAGGCUGAGCGUCAUCUUGCCAUCAUAUCCCCUCAGCAGUCUAUAUCAAGACAGUUGAAUGUGACAAGCCCGAAAACCGCCCAGGAUACAGAAUUUCUUCUCAACCUCGGACAUCUUUGUGAUGAUGAUGAUGAUGAUGAUGAUGAUGAUAAUGCGCCUACUGAAAACGCUACGACUGCUGUAACAAAAAAGCAGCCCCGCAGCCACAAGGUGACCCAACUACGACCUCAAAGUAGAGGAGAGUCUGUCUUUGCGGGUGAGAGUUGGUUCGCGUCAUUUCUUGCACAUAAUGCUGCAAAUGGCCACGUCGGUAGUGUUUCGUCGCGGAAAAUCACAUCUGAAAAUGGUGGAAAUCGAGCACCGUCAACUACCGGGGCGCCCGAGCGUGAAGCUUUGCCAAAUGCCCAGGUUGGCAACCCUGCCCCAGGUUUACCGAAAGAUCUACCCCAGAGGAAUCUGAUGCGGCGACUAAUCGAUGUUUUCUUCGAACGCUUCCAUGUCUACUUUCCUAUUCUGCACAAAUUCAAGUUUCUUUCGUCAGUCGAGGAUGGAAGUGUGUCGAUGAUACUUCUCCGGUCAGUCCUAUUCGUGGGAUCAACACAAUGCGAUCCAGAGAUAUACCAUCUCCUGGGUUUCAGCAGCAGAAGUGACGCUGGCGACCACUUUUUCGGUUUAGCCAAAAACUCAUUUGAUGCUGGCAUUAGUACGACCGACCGCACUGAUAUGAUACAAUCAUGCUUUCUCCUGCACUAUUGGUGGGGUCAGCCCACAGCUUUCCAGGACUCUUUAUGGUGGUUCAUGGUAGCCAUACGAUCGGCCCAAUGCAUAGGCAUGCACAAAACCACCCGGUACAGCGCCAUAUCCCGAGAUCUGCAAACACUCUGGAGGCGUAUCUGGUGGUGUCUAUACAUUCGGGACCGACAGAUUGCAUUCGCAUUGGGCGUGCCAAUGGUCAUCAACGAACUAGAUUGCAACAUCGAAAGUUUGACCACGGACGAUUUUCCCGAUGUGUCAUUGGAAACUGCAAGCUACGUGAUGGAGCAGAUUCAGUUGAACCGGACAGCCUCGCAGGUCUUCUUCCGACAUUGUUCUCCAGCUCGGCUGCCACUGUAUGCCUCUGCAGAUACCCGGCGUCGCGCACAGCAGGAAAUCUCCACCACUCUUCGAGCAUGGCAUGAGGGCUUACCACACAGAUUUCAGAAAGAACGUGGCCAUCAUCUAUAUCUUACGCUCGAAAUGUGCUACUAUUUCCUAGAAAUCAGUCUUCAACAGCGACUACAGAGUCAUAUCGGCGAGAGCGACAUGGCUCACCAAGAUCAGAACCCCGUGCUUGAAGCUGCAAACAGCAUUACGCGCCUGGCUGAGGACGCAAUGAUGUAUUGGAGCCCAGAUUAUUUUCCAAUGAUGUGGGUGACUGCUUUAUUCGCUGCGAUGAAUAUUCAAUUCGUAUCAUACAGAACCUUGAAUGAACAAGGGCGCGAAACCAUAUUGGCGAAGCUCCGCACAAGCCUGAUUGCCCUCAAACAAUUCGAGGAAUAUUAUAUACUCGCGCGCUGGCUAAGAAUCCUGUGGAAUGACAUCUUCGACAGAUCGGGUGCAAAGCCUACCAAUCAACGAAUUAUGACGCCGCCGCACAUGAGCACCCGACUUUCCCCUACUGAUGAAUUACAAAUCCAAGACCCCGUGGUGACCCAGCCAUUGGCUGAUUCAGGACCUACAUCACAAUUCUCGCAGGCGGGAGGGUUAGAUUAUGGUAACGAGUGGUUGCUCGAGACAAAUCCCUAUUUAACAGCAGAUUGGUCAAAUCUGGUGUUUCCCUGGAAUUAUGAAGCAGACCUGGCUAUGGGGUUGACCACGCCACACUUUCUAGACUCUGAAGGCUUGCAAUUUCCCGCAGACUCGGGACGAGAUAGGCAUCAUACCCAGUAG